GUGCGAGGAAGAUACUAGAUAGGUUAGUUGUUGACUUAAUGACUACUUGUCAUUGCGUCCAAAUAACUACAAACUCAUAUAUAAGCAAAGCCUAAAAAAGAUGGUUUCCCAUUACAAGUAAAGUGUGAAAGAUCAAAACAAAGAUAAAAUCAUCUGAAAAAAUUUGAGAGAAAAAAAAAAGUAAAAAAAAAAAAAUGGGUAGUGAGAGUGUUCCAACAGCAAGAACAUGUAAAGAAGUAGAAUCUUUAGUGGUUCCUCUUCUUCCCAACAAAGAAAUCGAUGAUGUUGAUGCUACUCUCUAUGAUAUGCAAUCUCAUGGAACAUGGUUACACUGUGGAUACCAUUUAACAACAUCAAUAGUAGCUCCACCUCUUCUAAACUUGCCUUAUGCUGUUUGUUUACUUGGAUGGAACAAAGGAAUGAUGUAUCUUAUUAUUGGAGCUCUUGUAACUUUUUACACUUACAAUUUAUUGUCUAUGGUUCUGGAGCAUUAUGCAUCUAAAGGUCUCCGAUUUCUUCGAUUUCAAGAUAUUGCUGAGCAUAUCCUUGGAAAGGCAUGGGGCCGAUAUUUUGUGGGGCCGCUUCAGCUAGCUGUUUGCUAUGGCUCUGUGGUUGGCUUGAUCAUACUUGGUGGACAAUGCAUGAAGACAAUUUACUCUCUGAUAUGGCCAAACGGCGAAAUGGAAGUCUAUCAGUUUGUGAUGAUGUAUGGAGGUGCAGUACUAUUGGUGGCUCAAGUACCUUCGUUCCACUCGUUACGACACAUUAACCUAGUCUCCCUAGUUUUAUGCCUUGCCUACAGUGCAUUUGCUGCAGCUGGUGCCAUUUACAUAGGGAUUUCGUCGCCUGAACCAAAAGACUACUCAAUAGUUGGAAGUACCGAAAACAAGAUAUUUGGUUCUUUCACAGCAAUCACCAUGAUUGCUGCAUCAUUUGGGAAUGGAAUCAUCCCCGAAAUUCAGGCAACGAUAGCAGCACCAGUGAAGGGGAAGAUGUUCAAGGGGCUAAGUCUGUGUUAUACUGUGGUGAUCUUAACUUUCUUCAGUGUUGCAGCCUCAGGGUAUUGGGCCUUUGGCAAUGGCACUAACAGCUUUUUAAUCGACAAUUUCGUUGACAAAAAUGGCAAUAUUUUGCUGCCUAAAUGGUUUAUUAUCACCACAAUCAGCUUCAUUAUUCUACAAGUAUCCGCUGUUUCAGGGGUGUACCUGCAACCAGCUAACAUAAUUCUGGAGAAAUUGUUUGUUGAUCCAACAUGUAAACCAUUUUCCCUCCGCAAUGUGACAUCAAGAGUAAUCUCAAGGUCCAUCUCAGUGAUGAUAGCCACUACCAUAGCCGGCUUGCUUCCAUUUUUUGGCGAUGUCAAUGCACUCAUCGGAGCAUUUGGCUUUGUGCCCCUUGAUUUCAUCCUGCCUGUCGUCUUCUUCAACAUGACCUUUAAACCAUCCAAAAGAAGUUGCAUUUUUUGGAUAAAUCUCAUCCUUGCAUUUGUUUUCUCGUUGAUUAUGGUAAUCGGAGUCUUUGCAGCAACCAGACAGAUAGUUCUGGAUACUAAUGCCGUGCAAUCCUUGGAUCGUCUUUCUGAUUCUUUGAGGCUGUCUUCCUUGGCAAAUAGUACUUGGAAAUCAUUAUCAAGUUACUUGGCUAAAAAUGCAUAAUCCUUUUUCUUCAAUAUGUUCAUUGAAGCUAAGCAUGGAUGCCAAUUCCAUGAUCAUAGUCCUAGAGUAUAUAAACAUGGAAUAUAAUAGUAUACUGUAGAGUGUAUAUUAUCCCUCAGAAGUAGUAAAUUCUUUCAUUUAUAGCCUAUACAAUGGCAUCAAAACAGGAAAAAUGAUUAGGUAUAUUGUACAGUGUAUAUCAUAUGUACGCUAUUAUAUAGAAUUGAAAAUUCAUUUUUGGAAUAAGAUUGAAAAUUAAU